AAAAAAGGCAUCUGUCAGUAUUGGAGGGGGUCCCGAAACGUCACAUCCAAUCUUCCAUCUGGAAAGAGCCCGUUUCGGUUUGCGCACCACAGAGAGGGAACAACGCGCGGUGCCUUGACUGAUCACUGGACCGCAGACCUUCACCACUGUGUGCAAUCUGAAAACGGAUACAGCAGGAUUUCAAAAAUACUUUAACCAUGAAACGCGGAGUAUGCGGACUGCCACUUGUACACAUUUUAAUAACUUUUCCUCUCAUCAGUGGAUCGCCUUUCCAAUAUAACAUGUUCCAGGGCAACGCAUAUUCUGGCACCGACACGCGUCAGAGAAAUAAAAACUGGUGCGCCUACGUUGUGCACAAGAACGUGAGCUGUGCCGUCGUGGGAGGCACGGAGAGCUUCGUGCAGCCGGAGGUUUUACCGUGUCCACCGGAGCUGCCAAACUGUGCGCAACAAGUGAUAUAUCGGACACACUUUAGGCCCAUGUAUAAGAUUGCAUACAAGACUGUGACAGAGCUGGAGUGGAGGUGCUGCCCAGGGUACCAGGGCCAUGACUGCAGGGAGGUGAAAGACAUGAAGCUACUUCAAGUAGAGCGUCUGCCUUCUGCACCCUCUGCCUCUGGACAUGUUCCAGUCCAACAAGCUCCAGGACAGCGAACAGACCGCCAGAGGAACCAUCCAUGGGGAGGGGAAGGGCAGUUUGGAGGUCAGACAGGUCAUAGGCCACUAGGGGGUCAGGGAAGACACCAAAAUGCACAACACCUGGAGGAGGAGGUGCAGCAACUGUCACAGAUGGUCCUCGACAUGCAGGCGAGAAUGACAGACAUGUCUUCCAAUCUGAGGCUGGAUUUUCAGGAGGACGCCAGUAAAAUGCUGGUUAUGCUGCUGAAUAACAUCAGACAACCUGCAAGUGUGAGGGGCGCUGAGACCGAAACCAUUCAGGUGCAGGACUUCUCCUUUGAGCGUGAUACAACACAGAUGGAUGAGGUCAUGAACAAGAUCAGCCGGAUAGCAGACGAUCUGGAGUCCAAGAGCAAUACCCUGGAUGACCUGCAGGGCCGUGUCAACCUUCAUGAUGGACAGAUUCACCUGUUAAUGGAUACUGCCCAGAAACAGCUGUCAACACUCCCUCCUGCCCCCACAGCCAGUGACACAGACCUGCGUGGCUACCUGGACGAGAAGAUCCGCGCUCUGAGAGAGGAGCUAAUGAAUGGCAUGGAAAUCAAACUGGCAGACUUGAAGAACUCAUGCGAUUAUAAGAUCCUGUCAGUUCAAGACCAGUGUGAGGGACAAGAAGCUAACUACUUCAGCCUGGCCGAGCUCAUGGACUCUAAGGAAACUGACCUUCGUAACGAGAUCCAGGACCUUAAGAACAAGAUGAUUAAUCCAGGAAAGCAAGACCUGCGGGUAUCUGACUCUGUUCUGGCUCGUGUGGAGAACCUUGAGAUCCGUCUGAACUCCUCUGAGAAGACUAUAGCAGCCCACUGCUGCUCUGUGGAGGACAAGCUGAAGACUGAACGGUCAGAGGCCAUCAAAGACCUGAGGGAGACUCUGGAGGACAAGCUGGCCUCCGUAGAAGACAGACUCACCACAUUGCUGGUAGAUACAAGCACAAACUCCCCAUCUGGUGGUCAACCAGAGAGUCGGGACUCUCUGCAGAGGGACAUUAAGUCUCUAAAGGGCUCUGUUCAAACUCUAGAAAAUCGAUUCAAUGUCUUGGACCAGCUGUGCUCAAAGGAGUACAAGGCUAGUACUACUGCUGUAGAGAACAUUCAACAAGACUGCAGAACGGCUCUAGAUGCUAUGGAGACUAGACUAAAAGCCCAGAUAAAUGGCCUGGGAGCCAUGGAGGGCCAACUCCUCAGCCACAACACUAGCAUUGAGAACUUACAUGGCGAGUUGAGCUAUUUGAAUGGUCGUGUAGGCAGGUUGGAGAACUCGUUAUCAGAUGUAGUCCACCAGCAGUCUCAGACCUUGCAGGGUCUCAACUCUACCUGGGGUCAAGUUAAAACAGGGGCUGAGCAGGAGGCCAAGGACCUUUUGGAGCUCCACAGGACUCAGCAUCAUGAGCUGAGGACCCGGCUAGACGAGCUAGGAAGGGAGGUGAAGGCAGAGGCGGACCACUGCCGGCAACAGACGGAAGAUGUCACAAAGGAGAUUGCCCACAUGGACAGCCGCGUCGUUAGCGUGGAGAAUUUAUGCGGCAAGCUGGACCCCAUCUCUGGUACCCUCCAGAGGAUUAAAGAGGGCCUAAAUAAUCACGUCACCAGGUUGUGGACUUGUGUCAACCAGCUGAAUGGUACAGUUACAGCUCAAGCCCAAGAUAUUGGAGGACUGAGGGAAACUUGCCAGAACAUCCAGAACCUCAUCUCUAAUGUAGCCGGAGACCUCCAGGAGCGAACGAACAUCAAUCCUGAGAAGACGGGUGUUCAUGUUGCUGCAAGGGAUGGCGGACUUCCUCAGGGUUCACGUAAGAGUGUCACGGUGCCAGUCGGUCCCUUGGACGCCUCCUUCCCGCAGCCACCUGUGAUGGAGACCGGCGAGGCGGGACCCCCCGGCAGGAUGACCUCGUCCAAGCUGCCCAAGGGGGCCGACGGCAGCAUGAUGCCCGUUCAGGGUUUUGCUGGAGCUCCAGCAACCCCUCACGUCAAAUCCGCUGACUCGCUACAGCCCAGCACGCCACUCAUCCCAGAUGUGAACCUGCCCCACAGACUGCCACCACACAAACCUGCCCCGGCCUCAGGUGAGAUGGUGUCGUUCACAGCCGGUCUGACUCUUCCGCCGCUCCAGGGAGAGAUCGGAAUCAUUCGAUUCAACAAGGUGCUGGUCAACGAUGGAGGACACUACGAUGCUGAUACAGGUAUCUUCACAGCUCCCACAGAUGGACGCUACCUGCUGACCGCUGUGCUCACAGCCCAGCGAGGUGAGAGGGUGGAGGCCGUCCUCUCCGUGUCCAACCGCAGCAUCCAGAGGCUGGACUCCACAGGCUUCUUGUCAGGAGCGGCAGAGCCAUCGUCACAUGAUCGAUGUAACUGCAGCAGCUCCACCUCUCUGAGCCUGGUUCUGCCACUGAGGAGAGGAGAUCGAGCAGGACUGGUCAUGACCGCUGGGAAGCUCGCCAUCUCCGCCUCCUCUGAGGUCCUGUCAUCUUUCAGCGCCGUGCUUCUUUACCCCAGCCCAUCAAAACGGUAGCCCUGCCCCUUUUAAAGACACCUUCAAGCAGCCGUAAGUGGGGUACGUUGUACAUUACAGAGGAUCCAUUAAGGCUAAUAGUGAUGAUCUAUUUACCAGGAGAAACAGAAGCAAGCAACAAAAAGAGGAAAAACGGUCUCCAAACAAUACAUCAGAUUAGUUCUACCCUGAGUACUAAUAUGUUUACACCGCAGUUAUUUUAUAUUUUUUAUUGUGAAGUUUUGUUUAUGAUGUAGAUCUUACAAAUACACAUAUUGCUUGAAGAUUUAAUUGUUGUCCACUACAGUAUGGUUGUAUGAGGUACUUAUCUAUAGUCAGUGUAUUACCUACAGUAGAUGAUGGUCAGCACACCCUCAGUUCAAAGCAGGAGUACAGGUGUAGGAGGCUCAGCAAUGUACUGCUGUAGAAGGGGGUCAGCAGCAAACUGUGUUUUAGCCACAUAAAAUUACUCGUACCAGUUUAAAUUUAUACUGCAAGAAUGUUUUCACUGCUUUAAUUUGCAGUGAAAACAUUCAGUUGUGCCCCUUCCAACUGGAAACUGAAGCUUUU